AAGCCUUCCCCGUAGUAAGACUCGUCAUUUGGCCGUGAGCUCAGCAGGAGCAGCGACGGGGAACUGCACAUUGUUUUGGAUGGGAGUUGUGCUGUCACUCUCCUCCGAGUGCAUCUCUAAAAGGGAAACAAAGGCGAAACGGCAACAACAGCACGACUCGCUGUUUGGAAAAGGGAUGCUUGGAACACGCCGUUACUCUUGCGACUAUGGUGGCACAGUUUACGAACAUAACUGCACAUUUGUAUCUAAAACAUCGCUGUUUGUGAAUUGGUGUCGUUUUGGACGAAAUGCUUUUUGGAAUAACUAUCUAAGGUAGAUUGUCAACCGCGAGAACUUAGCAAACUGGAGAAAGUUAACAUUACGGUAUACGUGAUAGGUGGGUCAUAAAUUAACGCACUGUGGCAAUGACAACAAACUAUACGCUGUAACAAAACAAUGAGGAAUAUUUAUGUGCUAUACAUAGAAUCAUCAGUUAAAAGCUUGAAGUAUAACGAAGUCUAGUCUCAUUUCUGUGUAAACGUCAGAGGAGAACUUGAGGAUGGAUUUUGGCAGAAGCAGAAUUUCUCCACGCUGCUUCAUGGGGUGUAGGACUCACAAUGUCAGGACCUACCUGUUUACCUUUAUGGUGUUUUACCUGCUAGUGUGCACUGAAGGGUCCUAUUCUAAAACAUGUGAUAAAAACUGCAUCUAUGGAAGAUGCGUUAAUGGAACUUGCGUCUGUGAGCAGGGAUGGACAGGAGAUCAGUGUCAGCAUUGUCAAGGAAGAUUCAAGUUGACAGAGUCAUCAGGAUCACUCACUGAUGGACCGGUUAACUACAAAUACAAGACUAAAUGCACCUGGCUUAUUGAAGGAUACCCAAACGCUGUGCUCAGGUUGAGGUUUAAUCAUUUUGCCACUGAGUGCAGCUGGGAUCAUAUGUAUGUGUUUGAUGGAGACUCGAUUUACGCACCAUUGGUAGCUGUGUUCAGUGGCCUGGUUGUCCCAGAAACGAAAGGAAAUGAAACCAUCCCAGAAGUUGUGACCACAUCUGGGUACGCAUUGUUGCACUUUUUCAGUGACGCUGCCUACAAUCUCACAGGAUUCAACAUCUUUUAUUCGAUCAACUCUUGUCCUAAUAACUGCUCGGGUCAUGGAAGGUGCACCACGGGUAACUCAAUCUCCAGCAGUGUUUACUGUGAGUGUGAGCGGUACUGGAAAGGUGAGGCCUGUGAUAUUCGCUACUGCUGGGAUGACUGUGGCAGUCCUGAUCGCGGAUACUGCGACCUCACUGGAGAAAAGCUCUGUGUCUGCAAUGACAGUUGGCAAGGUCCCGACUGCUCUUUAAAGGUUCCUUCGGCUGAGUCCUACUGGUUCCUGCCUAAUGUGAAGCCUGAUGGCCAGUCACUUGGUCGGGCUUCCCAUAAAGCAGUGGUUCAUGGGAAGCUGAUGUGGGUUAUUGGAGGCUUUACCUUCAAUUACAGCUCCUUUCAGAUGGUUAUGAAUUAUAAUCUAGAGAGCAGCACAUGGGAUGUAGUGCCAAUCAAUGGUGGACCCCUACAGCGCUAUGGACAUUCUCUUGCUCUUCACAAAGAUGUCAUCUACAUGUUUGGUGGGAAGCUGGAGGCAGGUUUUGGGAAUGUAACAGAUGAGCUGUGGCUGUUUGAUACACAUAGUCGAACUUGGUCCCUCAGGACACCCAGUCCUGGCCUUCAGGCUCAACAGUUCGCCGUUGAGGGACAUACUGCUCAUAUAGUGGAUAAUAAAAAUGGAGAGCCCAUUAUGGUGGUGCUUUUUGGCUAUUCACCUAUUUACAGCUAUCUCAGCCACGUCCAGGAGUACAAGAUUCGCACUAACUCCUGGUCGGUGGCAGAGACGAAUGGGGCGCUGGUGCAAGGAGGAUAUGGCCACAGCAGCGUUUAUGACAGCUCCUCACAUUCCAUAUACGUCCAUGGAGGAUACAAAGCUCUUCCUGCCAGCAAACACGGCCUAGUGGAUCAUUUAUACCGCUAUCAGGUCCACACACACACCUGGUUUAUUCUGAAGGAAAGUGGUCUGGCACGAUACCUCCACUCCGCUGUGCUGAUCAGUGGAGUUCUGCUGGUGUUUGGUGGAAACACUCAUAACGACACCUCGCUCAGUAACGGGGCCAAAUGUUUCUCCUCCGACUUCCUCUCCUAUGACAUCGCAUGUGAUGAGUGGACAGUUCUUCCAAAUCCUAGUCUUCACCGGGACAUCAACCGUUUUGGACACACAGCUGUUGUCAAUAAUGGAUCCAUGUAUAUUUUUGGUGGUUUCUCUGGUGUGAUCCAGAACGAUGUGCUGGUGUUUAAGCCUGCCAGCUGUGAGGCCUUCAUCAGGGAGGAUGUUUGUCAGAGUGCCGGUCCUGGAGUUCGCUGUCUCUGGAUUGAAAAUCGCUGUGAACCCUGGGACUCCAGUCAUGCUAAUGACAGUGUGCCUGCCUCCUUCUGCCCUGCACGCACCAAUGCAGCUGAUAAGCAGUGUCAGCAGUUUUCUGACUGUGCUUCCUGUACGGCCAACACCAAUGACUGUCAAUGGUGCGAAGACAAGAAAUGCAUCUCAUCUUCGAGCAACUGCACUGUGCUUACAGUUGAGCUUGCUCGCCACCCUCGUGGUCCGCUGUACCUCAAUCCUCCCCCUGCUAUGUUGUCUGAACACCAGCUCUCUAUUUGGAAACCCGGUGUGCGCAAAAACGGCCAGUCUAUCAAGAACCAUACCAAAUGUAGCAUUCGAAGUGAGCAGGUCUGUAGCAAACUGGUGAACUGCAGGAGUUGUUCGCUUAACAUUAACUGCCAGUGGGAGCCACAACAGCAGGAAUGUCAUGCUUUACCUGCUCAUUUGUGCGGUGAGGACUGGAGUCAGGUUGGAGAUGUGUGUCUGAGGCUGAACGCCAGCAAGGAGAGUUAUGAUAACGCCCAGCACUACUGUAAGAACCUGGAGGGCAGCAUCGCCUCUCUGACAUCAGCCAGACAGGUGGAGUUCAUCCUGGAGGAGCUGCAGAAGUAUCAGCUGCAGGAGCGGAAACUAACUCCCUGGGUGGGUCUGAGGAAGAUAAAUGUUUCAUACUGGGGGUGGGAGGACGCGUCUCCCUUUACUGCCAGCACACUGCAGUGGUUACCAGGAGAGCCGAGUGACUCAGGGUUUUGUGCUUACCUGGAAAGAGCUGAGGUAGCCGGACUCAAAGCCAAACCCUGCACUGCCAACACCGAGGGGCUGAUCUGUGAGAAGCCCAUUGUGAGUCCAAACCUUAGCGUGCGUCCAUGUAAGAUGCCCUGUGCCCUGCGAACCACCUGCGCCAACUGCACCAGCCAGGCCAUGGAGUGCAUGUGGUGCAGCAGCACUAAACGCUGUGUGGAUUCCAACGCGUAUGUGAUCUCCUUCCCCUACGGCCAGUGUCUGGAGUGGCAGACUGGAGACUGUGGAGCUCAGAACUGUUCGGGUCAUCGCACAUGUGGCCAGUGUCUGGAACAGCCUGAUUGUGGCUGGUGUGGAGACCCCACAGACACAGGACAGGGCCAGUGCAUUGAGGGAUCAUACCGUGGGCCAAUGAGGAGCCUCAGCAGACAGAGCCGAGAGAGAGUACUCGACACCAGUGUCUGUUCUAGGGAAAAAGGCUUCGACUGGGCCUACAUAACCUGCCCAGCAUGCCAGUGUAAUGGACACAGUACGUGUGUUAAUGGCAGCGUAUGUGAGCAGUGCAAGAAUCUUACAGCUGGGCUGCAUUGCCAGUUCUGUUUACCUGGUUAUUAUGGAGACCCCACUAAUGGAGGGAAAUGCCAAGCCUGCAGAUGUAACAACCAUGCCAACGUCUGCCACUCCAGCUCAGGGAAAUGCUACUGUACCACUAAAGGGGUCAAAGGAGACCAGUGCCAGCUAUGUGAUUCUGAAAAUCGCUAUCUUGGCAACCCACUAAGAGGAACAUGUUACUAUAAUCUACUGAUAGACUACCAGUUCACCUUCAGUCUGCUUCAGGAAGACGAUCAGCACUACACUGGUAUUAACUUCAUGGCAAAUCCAGAAGAGACCAAUAAGAACCUCGAUAUGUCAAUAAAUGCAUCUAACAAUUUCAACCUCAACAUUACAUGGUCCAUCGGUUCAACAGCAGGUACGAUCUCCGGGGAGGAAUUCCCUAUAGUGUCCAAGACUAACAUCAAAGAGUACAGAGACAGUUUCUCCUGCGAGACCUUCUCCUUUCUGGCAAAUCCCAAUAUCACUUUUCAUGUGUAUGUCAGCAACUUCUCAUGGCCAGUCAAAAUACAGAUAUCCUUCUCCCAGCACAGCAGCAUCAUGGACCUGGUGCAGUUCUUUGUCACAUUUUUCAGCUGUUUCCUGUCCCUGCUGUUGGUUGCGGCUGUGGUUUGGAAAGUCAAACAGACGUGCUGGGCAUCACGCAGGAGAGAGCAACUAAUGCGAGAGCGCCAACAGAUGGCCAGCCGUCCGUUUGCCACUGUCACAGUUGCACUCGAGGCUCCAGAGGAAGAGGAGGAGCUUCUGCAGGGCCAGGCAGAUGCUGGUCCCAUAGCCGUGGAGCCAUGUUCUGGGAAUAGUGCUGCCGUGCAAACAUUGCUGAUGAGUCUUCCACGAGCAUCUUCUGGAGUGUCUCCCCCUGGCCAAUGUGGCAUUACCAUCGCCAGCGCUCUCAUUGAUGCGUCUCAGCAGAGGCCCGGCGACUUCAAAGACAAGGCCUUGAGUCUAAAGAGCCGCAAACAGCAGCAUGCGGUGCACCAGGGAACCUGCGUUUGAAGCAACCGACUGACCCUCUCUUUCUCAUCUUUCUGUUCUUCUCCUUAUCGUCCAGCAGAUGAUGAGAGAGCAGCUCUUGAAGUGUAAAUGACAAAGGAGGGUCAAGACAUUAGUAGUCGUGUGUGGCUCCUCCUGAAUUGCACGCUCCAUAGUGGAGCUCCUAUUCCCUCAGUAUUGCUUGAACCUCUGUGGAGGACAUCUGCAUUUUGAUUGCACACAUUGGCUUCCUGUUUUUCCGACAGCUGUUUCUCAAAAAGGGAGGGAGUGUGUGAAUAAAACUCACUCCAACCCAAAGUAGGAACAGGUUCCAUGCCAGAAUUAAUCAUGCGGUCACGUAUGUCGAGGUACUGAAAAUAAACCUGGCUUUAUACUUUCGAGGUGACAGUGAGUGAUAUGUCUGUUGAUGACUCGGUAUUUACUGUUAACAAUAGUCAGUGAUGAUUGUAUGGUAAGCUUAAUUUUAGAAGUCAGAAUUGGAUUUGUCUUGGAGAACUAUCCCACCAAGCAAUUUUGUGUUUAAAAGACAAUUAAUAGACAUUCAAACAUAGAUAUGUUGAUUAAGAUAAGGCUAUAUUUCAGCUGUCAGUGAAAAUCUAGUAUGGCCCAUUUUCACUGAGCGGUACAGUCGGCAUGGGUCACCCUUAUCAGGCAAAUGGUACUAAAUUUCAGUCAACAUCAUUCUCACUCAAGGAAAUGUCUACAGUAAAGCUGUAUGGGUCGUUCACAUAUCAUAUGAGAAGCACUUCUCACAGAACAGAUGCUUUAUACACAUAAAUACUUGUUAAACAUGAUUUGAUUAUAACUGCAGAUCAAUAAUCGUGCAAAAUAGCCUUCUGCAACGUCUGCGGUUAUAUAAAACAAAUAAAUACAACACAUAUAGCGCAUACAGACCUUACAGUCUCUGAUAUGUUACCAAUUACA